GCGGGCGAAUAGAAGGAUGGGGCUAUAAAAGACGACCAAGAAAUGUAGAGCUCGCAGAACUGAACGCCGUGCCAUAAGAGGUAAAAAAGGAGGUGGGACGGACAGAGAAGCGGCGGGUUUUUCGAAACCCUAGGUCUCCGUGUCUCAGCUUCGAAUCCGAUUUCUUACCAAGAUUCUCUACUUCGAUUCUUGUGCAGGCGUGGUCCCAGAUCGAGGUCUCCUCUCGAUUCCUGCGAAAAAGGAGGUACUUCUCGCUUUAGAUCUGACAUGGAUGAGGAAACGAGGUUUUUCUCUGGAUUUAAAGCUGGCUGGUAGGUUUUCUUUGUUUCUCUUGCUGUUUCUUCGGUGGAUGUUUGGUACGGCAGCGUUUGGUGGGUGGAAAGAAGGCUUUUUGUCGGGUUUUGAUGAGAUGGGUGGUUUGCUUGUCAGAUAUGGGCGAGAAGACGUGAAGCGGAACCGAUGGUGGUUUUUAUGUUUUCCAAUUUCAAGUUUCUGUUGACCUGAGCUCGGAUCUUUGAAAGUCGUGAGAUUCUAUGGGCUAAGGGGGUUUCAAGAAGGAAAAAUCUGAUUUUUAUCUGUCUCAGAAGUUUGUCUUUUUUUUCUGUUUCAGCUGUUUGUUUAAGGGUUCCGACUACUGGGGUCUAAAUUUUAUCCCUGAGAACCAAAAAUUGGUGUCGUAGAUUAGAUCUUGAAGGCGGAGGUUGGGGGAGUGGUCAGAGAAGAUUGCUUUGAGGCUGGUCUGAAAGGGCUUUGGGAGGAAAGGGACAGUCACUGGAGAUGAUAAAGGAAAGCGUUUUGUUCGGUUAGGCUUUUGCUUGUCCUGUUGUCGUUUUCCUGUUUAAAAAUCAAAUCUUUGUACUGGAGCGUUUAGGGAUUCUGGGAAGUAUGUCUUCCUUGAGUAGGGAAUUGGUUUUCCUUAUACUGCAGUUCUUGGAUGAGGAGAAGUUCAGGGAGACGGUUCAUAAGUUGGAAGAAGAAUCUGGCUUCUUCUUUAAUAUGAAACACUUUGAGGAUCAAGUUCUUGCAGGGGAGUGGGAUGAAGUUGAACGGUAUCUGUGUGGGUUCACAAAGGUUGAUGACAACCGAUAUUCCAUGAAAAUCUUUUUUGAGAUAAGGAAGCAGAAGUAUCUUGAAGCUCUUGACAGGCAUGACAGAGCAAAAGCAGUUGAGAUACUUGUGAAGGAUCUCAAAUCCUUUGCAUCUUUCAAUGAAGAAUUGUUCAAGGAGAUCACCCAAUUGCUUACCCUGGAGAAUUUCAGGCAGAAUGAGCAGCUCUCUAAGUAUGGUGACACAAAGUCUGCUCGCAAUAUUAUGCUUAUGGAGCUUAAGAAGCUCAUUGAAGCUAAUCCAUUGUUCCGUGACAAGCUUAUGUUUCCACCUUUCAAGGCUUCAAGACUACGGACAUUGAUUAACCAGAGUUUGAACUGGCAGCAUCAGCUUUGCAAGAGCCCACGACCCAAUCCAGAUAUCAAAACACUUUUUACAGAUCACUCAUGUGCUCCUCCUACUAAUGGAGCACGUGCUCCUCCACCCACCAACGGCCCCCUUCUAGGACCUAUUCCAAAACCAGGGGCAUUUCCUCCUAUUGGUGCUCAUAGUCCAUUCCAACCACUUGUACCUCCAUCUACAAGUGCUGUUGCAGGAUGGAUGUCGAGCGCUAACCAAUCAAUGCCGCAUGCUGCUGUGGCUCAAGGUCCCCAAGCUCUUGUUCAAUCUCCAACCACAGCAUUUUUCAAGCACCCAAGGAUUCCUACAAGUAUUCCUGGUAUGGACUGUCAAACCGCUGACUCUGGGAACUUGAUGAAGAAAAUGCGCACUGGCCAUUUUGAUGAGGUGUCGUUCUCUAGUGCAAGUCAUCCUCCCAACAUUUAUACUCCAGAUGAUCUCCCCAAAACUGUCGUACGGGUCCUCAAUCAGGGUUCCAGUGUCAUGAGCUUGGACUUCCAUCCGCAACAACAAACGAUUCUUCUUGGUAGAUGCUGUGGUCCAAUAAUUGGAACAAAUGUUGGUGAUAUUGCGAUAUGGGAAGUUGGAUCUCGAGAAAGGAUAGCACAUAAAACAUUCAAGGUUUGGGAUGUAAAAUCUUGUUCAAUCGCCUUACAGGCAGCAUUGGUGAAAGAUGCAACUAUUUCUGUCAGUCGAUGCUUAUGGAGUCCUGAUGGAUCUGUUCUUGGCAUUGCAUUUUCAAAGCAUAUUGUGCACACCUAUGCUUUUAUUUCAAGUGGAGAGUUGCAGCAACAAUUGGAGAUUGAUGCUCAUAUUGGUGGUGUCAAUGAUAUUGCCUUUGCUCAUCCCCACAAAAGUUUGUCAAUAAUCACAUGCGGCGAUGACAAGACAAUUAAGGUUUGGGAUGCUACAACAGGACAACGACAAUAUAUAUUUGAAGGUCAUGAAGCUCCUGUAUAUUCUGUCUGCCCUCACUAUAAAGAGUCUAUCCAGUUCAUAUUCUCCACUGCUACUGAUGGUAAAAUCAAAGCAUGGUUAUAUGAUUGUUUGGGAUCUAGAGUUGAUUAUGGUGCUCCUGGACACUCGUGUACCACAAUGGCAUAUAGUGCAGAUGGAUCAAGGCUAUUUUCUUGUGGAACUGAUAAAGAAGGUGAUUCCCAUUUAGUUGAAUGGAACGAGACUGAAGGAGCAAUUAAGAGAACAUACUCUGGCUUCAGGAAACGCUCAGUGGGUGUCAUUCAGUUUGACACAAGUAGGAACCGCUUCUUAGCUGCUGGAGAUGAGUUUAUGAUUAAGUUUUGGGAUAUGGAUAAUACCAACAUCCUAAAAACUGCAGAUGCUGAUGGUGGAUUGCCUGCAAGUCCUCGAUUGAGAUUCAACAAAGAAGGCUCUUUGCUUGCAGUCACGACAAGUGAUAAUGAAAUUAAGAUCUUAGCAAACAGUGAUGGACAGAGUUUGAUAAGAAUGCUAGAGAGCAGGACAUACGAGGGCUCUCGAGCCACUUCUCAGCAGAUUAACACUAAACCUCAAAUUGUUAACACUAUGGGCCCUGUUUCUAAUAUUUCUGGCUCUCUAGUCGCUGCCCUUGGGCGCCCAGAUAGAAAUUCACCUGCAGUGUCAAUGAGUGCCCUGACUACUGUGGAUUCUACUGGACCAGCAGAUGUUAAACUGAAAAUCUUGGAUGAUGCCAACAAAAUCAAGAUCUGGAAACUGGCUGACAUUGUCGAUUCUACUCAGCUCAAAGCUUUGCGGUUGCCAGACACCGUGUCAACAACAAGCAAGGUUGUGCGGCUCUUAUAUACGAACUCUGGCCUGGCUGUGUUGGCUCUUGCUUCUAAUGCCAUUCAUAAGCUGUGGAAAUGGCAGCGUAGUGAAAGAAAUCCAAGUGGCAAGUCCACUGCAUCUGCUGCACCUCAGUUGUGGCAACCAGCAAAUGGUAUUGUUAUGACCAAUGAAAUAAAUGAUAGCAACCCAACUGAAGAAUCAACUGCUUGUAUUGCUUUGUCAAAGAACGACUCAUAUGUUAUGUCUGCAUCUGGUGGAAAGGUUUCUUUGUUCAACAUGAUGACCUUUAAGGUUAUGACAACCUUCACAUCACCACCUCCUGCAGCCACUUUUCUGGCGUUUCAUCCUCAGGAUAAUAAUAUUAUUGCAAUAGGAAUGGAAGAUUCUAGCAUUCAAAUAUAUAAUGUCAGGAUCGAUGAGGUCAAAACCAAACUCAAGGGUCACCAAAAAAAAAUUACAGGCCUUGCAUUUUCCCAGUCAUUAAAUGUCCUGCUAUCUUCAGGAGCUGAUGCACAGCUUUGUGUAUGGAACAUUGAUGGAUGGGAGAAGAAGAAAUCAAGAUUCAUUCAAGCACCGGCUAGUCAUGCAGCUCCAUUAGUUGGGGAAACCAAGGUUCAGUUCCACAAUAAUCAGGCACAUCUCUUAGUCGUGCAUGAAAGCCAACUCUCAGUCUACGACAGCAAACUUGAAUGCCUUCGCUCGUGGUAUCCAAGAGAUGCCCUUGCCGCACCCAUUUCAUGUGGGAUAUAUUCCUGUGAUGGUCGGUUGGUAUAUGCUGGAUUCUGUGAUGGUGUGGUUGGAGUUUUUGAUGCAGACAGCCUGAGGCUUCGAUGCCGUGUUGCACCUUCUGCCUAUACAUCCCCUUCAGUUCCCAGCACCAUGACAGUCUAUCCUUUGGCCAUUGCUGCCCAUCCAUCAGAAGCCGAUCAAAUAACUUUGGGAAUGAGUGAUGGGGCAGUCCAUGUAGUGGAACCAUCAGAUACAGAACCAAAAUGGGGAUCAUUGCUCCCCCAGGACUAUGGAACCCUCCCUUCCAUCCCUCCCAAUCCAGCUUUGAGUAAUCAGGUAUCAGAAGCCCCUCCAAGGUGAUGAAACCAUUAGCUUUCCAGCUAUGCGGGUGAUCAACCUUUUUAUCUGACACCUUGCUGCCAAGGGAGGUUCCAUGUCUUCCUAGUUGUAAAGCGUGUUAUAAUUUUUCGGGGUUUUGAUUGUUUUCUUCCUUCUUAGAAGCCAAAAACAUAUUUUCGGGUACACAAUGUAUAAGAUAUGGACUGCAUGGUAUGGACUAAUCUAAUCCUUUCUGUUCAUAGAGUAGUUAAUGCUCAACCCUGUUGAUUUGUUGUUUUUGUUGCUUA